CCAUCCCGAUGCCUCGAGGUGUCUGUGCGACGGAGUCAGCUGCACGUGUAGCAAGUGGUGACGCCUUCCCGGGGAAUCCAGACGGCGCCGACCGAGCAACUCGUAUGGAUGUCGACCUACGUGUCAGGGCAAGGCGCAAACUGGUCCAGCGAGCAACCCUUGCUCGCCGGGGCCAGGGGCCAGCUGUGGCCCUGGUCAGCAGCGGCUGCAGGGAUUUGGGAGAGCAGGCCACGCCACGCCGCGCCAGCUGCGGCUCUGCAGCUGCGGCCGCGCCGCGCCUUCGCCGUCCGUUGCCGCGUCUUCCGCUGCCGUUUGCCCACAGUCUUCUCAGCGACACACGUCGCCGCAGAGAGGGCGUCACGUCCAACCGCUGUCUGGUGUCGAUCGGCGCACGUUAGCUGUUUGCGUGCAAGUUGCUGCUGCCUCCUGGGUGACGGCUGCAGAUGGACGUACGCAAACCGGUACUUCGGAGAGAAAGGGAACUGUCGGAUUUGGAGCUAAAGAGUACGGCACACCAUCACGAUAUUAUGGCAGACACCAUUCUCACUGUUG